AUGAAUUUUGAUGACAGCGCAGAAUUCCGACAAAAGGAUAUUUUUGCCAUGGAAGACAAAUCGGAGCAGGACCCGAGGGAGGUGGAAGCAGACCGACAUAACCUCAACUACAUAGGCAUGGACGGAAACAUUGCCUGCUUAGUGAAUGGUGCUGGCCUGGCCAUGGCGACGAUGGAUAUCAUCAAACUGAAAGGAGGUGAUCCAGCCAAUUUCCUGGAUGUAGGAGGAACUGUUACGGAGGAUCAAGUAUUCCAUGCCGUCCGGAUAAUCACAAGUGACCCACGGGUUAAAUGCGUCUUGGUGAACAUUUUCGGAGGAAUUGUGAACUGUGCAACUAUCGCUAAUGGAGUGGUGGCGGCGUGUCGAAAAAUCAACAUGCGCGUUCCACUUGUGGUUCCGACUGGAAGGUGA